AUGGUCAACGACCUGUCCAACAUGACGGCCACCGAUCCCGAUCCCGAAGAGAACUGCCACGAGAUUCCAGGCAUGAUCUGGUGGCCGCUCAUCCCCGCCGAGCGCACGCUGGAGGCCCUCGCCAAGCUCCGGCCGGACAUGCACCUCCAGGUGGCCAUGGCGUGCAUUGCUGGCAACUACACGGAGCUGUGGGACAAGCUGGCGCCGGAGCCGUCCAGACAGCUGUGGGACAUGGCUUCUUGGGAGCGCGACGACAGCGUCCGGAACCACUUUGUCGAUUAUCUCAGGAAUCGUGCUUCCGAGCUCGGACUAAAGGUCCCUGGCCAUCUGCCGGAUGUCUGCGACUAUCCUGCUCACAACUGG